AUGACAUCCUACGACGAUCAAGUGGCUGCAUCGCAAUACGCACAAUACGCGGCUGAUCCAUCUCCUGCUCCAACGAAUGGGGUGACAGCACAGACUCCCGUCGAAGAAAGCGCCGCAAGUUCCGAAGCACAACCACAACAGUCUGAUCUAGAACGUUAUUGGGAUAUUGUCAAGUCUAAUCCGGAUGACUUUACGUCGUGGGAGUAUUUAAUACGCGUUGCAGAAACUGCGGAAGGUGGUCUCACGGCGCAAUCCCCACAGGAAAAUAUAACGAAUAUGCGCAAUGUUUUUGACCAAUUCUUGGCAAAAUUUCCCUUGUGCUUUGGUUAUUGGAAAAAGUACGCGGAUUUCGAGUUCAACGUUCAAGGUCCGGUGGAGGCAGAAAAGAUUUACGAGCGCAGCGUUGCUGCCAUAGCGAACUCGGUUGAUCUCUGGACACAAUAUUGUGCCUUUAAGAUUGAACAUUAUCCGGAUAAUGUGGAAGAGAUUCGAGGGUUGUUUGAACGCGGUGCUUCCUGUGUGGGUCUUGACUUUUUAUCACACUUGUUUUGGGACAAAUACAUAGAGUUCGAAAAAUCUAGGCAGGCCUACGAUAAGGUUUUGAAGAUCUUGGAAAGAAUCAUUCGAAUUCCUAUGCAUCAAUAUGCAAGAUUCUUCGAUGAUUUUACAAACUUGUGUGGGACACGACCAAUAAAUGAAUUGAUCUCGCCUGAACAACAUCAACAAUUUGAGGAGGAAGCGAGAGCUGCACCUCCUGCACCUCCCGCUGAAGGGGCGGAGGGUGAGCAACUUCCUUCCACAGAAAAAACGGAGGAACAGAUUCAAAAUGAAAUUCGGACACGCAUUUAUAAUUUAAACGUCGACGUCUACAUGAAAACUCAGGCGGAAACAAAUAAACGCUGGAUAUUCGAACAAGAGAUCAAGAGACCUUACUUUCACGUAAAGGCUAUGGAUGACGUUCAACUGAUAAAUUGGAGAAGAUAUCUUGAUUUUGAGGAGAGCGAAGGAGAAGAAAUGCGAGUUCAGGUUCUAUACGAGAGAUGCUUGGUCGCGUGUGCCCUGUAUGAAGAAUUUUGGCUACGAUAUGCUCGUUGGAUGGUUUCAAAGGAUCGAAUUUCUGAUGCCCGAAGUAUAUAUGAAAGAGCAAUAAAUGUUUUCAUCCCAAUGAGUCGUCCAAACAUUCGUACCUCAUAUGCUUGCUUUGAAGAACAGCAGGGCAACAUCGAAGAUGCCAGAUUAAUUUAUAAAACGAUCUUGAAUUCUAUGCCAGGUCAUGUAGAAACGAUAGUGAAGUAUGCCCAUUUUGAAAGACGACGCCAGCCAAGCAACUUGGAUUUUCCCAUUGAAAUCAUUACAUCUGCGCAGCAAAACCCUGAAUUAGAUGAUAAGUCAAAAGCAUUCCUUUCGGUGCAACACGCAAAAAUCCUAUGGCAUAAUAAAGGCCUGGUGGAAGAGGCACGCAAGAUUUUUCAACAAGGCUCACAUAAAUAUCUGGAGAGUAAAUACUUCUGGCUGAAUUAUUUUAACUUUGAAUUAUCUCAGCCUGAUCCCGUCGCGGAAACGAACCUGAGAGAGAUUUAUGACCUGAUUCGUAACACCGCAAUACUCCCACCAGAAUCGAUACGAGACUUUUCAUAUCGUUAUCUUGAUUUUCUUAUGGAGCGUGGUCUGACGAUAGCUUCGUACAACAAGAUCGAUGUAGAAUCAAAUGGACCGGUUGCUAUUCGUGUUGCCUUAGAUACAAAGAAACGCGGUUCAGAAGACGACCCCGAAAAACCUGCGAAGCAAGUGAGAAUGGAUGGUGUUGUUGACAGUGCUUCUAUCGCAGGCACACCUGUAGUAGCAGCUACACCUUAUGCUGCGCCCGGCGGGGCGCAACCCCCUUAUUAUCCUCAAGGUCAAUGGGGCACACCCGGAUACACUGCAUAUCCUACCACUAACACUGCUCAACAGACGCCUUAUCCAUACCCAUACCAAUAUCCCCAGACGGCGGCGUCCACAGCAGCCAAUCCAGCACAAACACCAGCGACCACAUGGGAUUACACGCAGCAAAGUGCAACAGGAUAUUGA